ACGCUUGACGCCAUUAAAUAUUGCUUAAGUCUAUUACAAUCUUUAUAUUUUAAGUUUUCUUUAAUUAACUUAAAUAUAAUACUUCCUAGUUCCUUUUUCCUUUGAUGUAAACUUUGCUACACUAGCGCUUAUUCAUACGAUUUAUAUUUCUUGAUGAUAAGUGUAUGAUUCUUGCUUCUUUACUUUUAUAUAACUGUGGUAAGUCAUGAUGAUUUUAGGUUAAAUUUUUCAGUUCGAUUAGCGUGUUGAUAAAUAUAUUAAUACAUUAAGAAUAAAGUGGAAAGCAAUAACGACAACAUUGUUUGAAGGUGCAUACACUGAAAUAAAUACUGUUUUAGUACCAAUUUCAUUUGACCUCAAAUAAUGGAUGUCGACGAAGAAGCUCCCGGCCCGUCGAGCGUUAGUGGGAGCACUGCUUCAAAGAAGAAAAUGGAAGUUGAUGAUAUCGGGGGUGUUGUUACGGCUAAAAAGAAAAUGGAUGUAGACGAUGCACCUAUUUCAACAGGACAGGCAGUCAAGAGUGUAAUGGCUUCAUCCGGUACUGUUGGAAGCAUUUCUGUUUCCUUACACCCGUUGGUGAUCAUGAAUAUCUCCGAACACUGGACAAGGCUAAGGGCUCAGGAAGGAACUGCUCAGCAAGUUGUUGGGGCUCUGAUUGGGAAGCAAAAAGGACGUAACUUGGAAAUAAUGAACUCCUUUGAGUUGCUUUUCAAUAUCAUAGCUGGUGAUAUAAUCAUUGACAGAGAUUACUACAAUACUAAAGAAGAACAGUUCAAACAGGUGUUCAGCGACAUGGACUUCCUGGGCUGGUACACCACGGGAGACCAGCCAGACGACCGGGACAUCAAGAUCCACAAGCAGAUCUGCGAGAUCAACGAGAGCCCCGUGCUGCUGAAGCUGAACCCUCAGGCGAAGCACAGCGACCUGCCGGUGACGAUGUACGAGUCGGUGAUCGACCUGGUGGCGGGCGAGGCGACGAUGCUGUUCGUGGAGCUGACCUACACGCUCGCCACGGAGGAGGCGGAGAGGAUCGGGGUCGACCACGUGGCCAGGGUUUCCGCCAGCGAGGCGGGCGAGAGCUCCCUGGUGGCGGAGCACCUGACGGCUCAGCACUCGGCCAUCAAGAUGCUGCACAACCGGGUGAAGCUGGUGCUGCAGUACGUGAGCGCCGUGCAGGCGGGCGAGGUGCCGAGCAGCCACGAGGUGAUGCGCGAGGCCUACAGCCUCAGCCACCGCCUGCCCGUGCUGCAGUCCCAGCGCUUCCGGGCCGACUUCUACAACCAAUGCAAUGACGUCGGACUGAUGACAUACCUCGGCACCAUUACGAAGGGCUGCAACGACAUCAACCAGUUUGUGAACAAGUUCAACAUCAUGUACGACCGCCAGGGCAUGGGUCGUCGCAUGAGGGGAAUGUUCUUCUGAACAGUUUCCCUGACUUCGUCAGGUUCCCCUCACGGAGUCUACGCCCGACGUCAAGCGAUCUGUGGACUGCAUUUUCCUGUUUUGUACUUUUUUGCAGUUGUGCUGCAUUCAUGCUUUUGUUGUUGUUCCCCCCCAGUAUUCCUGGCGAGUAUUAGUUUCGUUUUUUAAACGAGUGAUUAAAUACACGUCAUUCGUUUUGCUGGUGGUAAAAUUAGUCACCAUUUAAAAUUUUUCAAGAUCGUACAUUUGUAAAUACUGUAUUCGUUUAUCUGGUACUCAUUGGCAUGCAAAUUUUGAAAAUAAAUCUACCGAAUUUGUUUUGUAUA